AGCGAGGAGAGUUUAGUUUAGCUGCAGCGAUGAAGUCCAGUCGCGCCUCUCUCUCCUCCAUACUCCAACCCGUCUUCUCGCUCCGGCGACCCGCCUUCUGCUCAGCAGCGGCCGCGCCACCCAAGCCCCAGACUCCCCUCCACCUCCGCCCCCCUGCCUUCCGCGCCACUCUCUCGGACCUCAAUCGAUGGCACGCGUGGGCCAAAACCCAGGCCUCCUCCGUGGGGUCCACUUUCUCCGCCCUCGACGGCGGCCCGGACUCCUCCCUCCUCCUCCGCGAGCUCAAUUGGCUGGUGGAGGACGCCGUCGAGCACCCCGCCCUACUCUCGACGGAAAGCAGGGCCGCGGCGGAGGUGGCAAUUAGGGCGCGAUUGGAGGAAAUGUACGAGCUGUGGAGGCAGAGGAUCGAGGAGAGGCGGCCGUUUCAGUACGUGGUUGGGUGCGAGCACUGGCGCGAUCUCAUCCUCAGCGUCGAGGAAGGCGUUCUCAUCCCCCGCCCCGAGACUGAGGCCAUCGUCGAUCUCGUCGACCGCGCCGUCAAGGCCGAUUCCGAAUUGGGGGAGGGUUUGUGGGCGGAUUUGGGGACCGGCAGCGGGGCCGUCGCAAUUGCGGUGGCGAGGGUUUUGGGCGGGGGAGGGAGGGUUUUGGCGGUGGAUCUGAGCCCCGUGGCUGCCGCCGUGGCGCGGUACAAUGUGGAGAGAUACUGCCUUGAGGGGAGAGUGAGUGUGAGAUUGGGAUCGUGGUUUGAUCCUCUCAAGGAUGUGGAAGGUGAAUUGAGUGGAGUGGUAAGCAAUCCGCCAUAUAUUCCCAGCAAAGACAUUCAUUCUCUCCAAGCAGAGGUCUCUAGACACGAACCGGUACUUGCUCUUGACGGUGGAGCUGAUGGAAUGGAUGACCUUAUCCACCUCUGCAAUGGAGCAGCUUCCAUGCUUAAACCUCGUGGAUUUUUCGCAUUUGAGUUUGAAUGUUGUGCAGACAAAUGGUGAGACGCAGAGCAAACUUCUUGUGGAAUACAUGCAAAAUGAGAUGAAAGGGAGCUUCUGUAGAUUAGAGAUUGUAUCUGAUUUUGCUGGAAUCCAAAGAUUUGUCACAGGAUAUAAAGCUUGAAUUAAAGACCCAAAUUGGUAGGAGUUCGAGGUGGAUUGUACAAUUUACAAGUGAUUGUUCACCUAUAAUACUACUUUGUAGUCAUUGUUUAAGACAUUUGACAAGAAUUACAUCACCAUAAAAUCAAUGAAUUUGUGCAUUGGGUGAGAUGCUCAUUCAACUAUUCACUUUA